AAGGCAGCCAGCAGGAAGCUGAAGGGAGCGGACGGAUCAACUAUGGGCUCCAAAAACAGCUGAAGCUUAGGUUGUCGCCAUGGGCACCGCAUCCUCCUUGGUCAGCCCAGGGGAGGUGAUUGAGGAUGGGUAUGGAGGUGAAGGCGGGGAGGCCUGUGAGAUACCCGUGGAGGUCAAGCCCAAAGCCCGGCUCCUGCGCAGUUCCUUCCGCAGAGGACCUCGUGUGAUCGGGGCCAGCUUUAAAUCCACGGGGUCUGUGGAUCUGGAGUACGCUGCAGAGUACGAAAGACUCCGCAAAGAGUAUGAGAUCUUCCGUGUCAGCAAGAAUAACGAGAUCUCGUCUAUGCAAAAGAAGGAAGCCAAGCUGGACGAGGAGAACAAGAGGUUGAGAGCGGAGCUACAGGCUCUGCAGAAGACCUACCAGAAGAUCCUUAGAGAAAAAGAGAGCGCCCUUGAGGCGAAGUACCAAGCUAUGGAGAGGGCUGCCACCUUUGAACAUGACAGGGACAAAGUAAAACGACAGUUUAAGAUUUUUCGGGAGACAAAAGAAAAGGAGAUACAGGAUCUCCUGCGGGCUAAGAGGGACUUGGAGGCCAAACUGCAACAGCUGCAGGCUCAGGGCAUCCAAGUUUAUGACCCAAAUGACUCUGAUUCAGAUGACAACCAAACCACUGUCACUGCUGCUGGGACGCACUGUGAGUACUGGACUGGAGGUGUGCUGGGGAGUGAGCCCUCUAUGGGUAGCAUGAUGCAGCUGCAACAGACUUUCAGAGGACCAGAGUUUGCACACAGUUUGAUAGAUGUGGAGGGACCCUUUGCAAACGUGAGCAGAGAUGACUGGGAUGCUGCAGUGGCCAGUCUGCUUCAGGUCUCACCUCAUGUGCCUCAGGCCUUAUGGAGCAACACUGUGCGCUGCUACCUGAUCUUUACCCAGGAAACCAAAGCUGAGCUGGAUAUCUUUAUUAAGAAACACUCUAAUGUGUUACGGCGAAUGUGUGAAGGUCUCGGCCAUUUCUACCUGAAUGUCUGCUUCCCAGAGGAGGACGCGGCCUCGUACGCUGUGGAGCGCAAGCAAGAGAUCGAAAGGAGCUCCGUGUGUGUGCUCCUUCUUAAAUCCACUGUCACUAGCCCUGUGGUGGAGGAUUGUGAGGAAGCCUUUGUAAAGAAUCCAGACGGCCGCCCACUGGUGCUCUACCUUAGGACAGAAGAAGAUCACAAUUUGACCGGACCCAUCAGGCAACUGCUAGAAAGAGUCAACGCUGCAGACAAGGCUGCGAAAAUCAAGGUGGUGGAUCAUAGUGGCUCUGCAGAGGAGGGGGCUGAUCUGAUUUAUGCUCAGCUAGAAAAAGUCAUCAAACAGGAGUUGCUGGGACUUGAAGGAGCGGAUGUUGACUGUAAGGACUCUGGGAUAGAUGAGGGCCGUGAGGAAGACUCGGGAGAUGUGCUGUGGGACCUGCAUGAUGAGCAGGAACAGAUUGAGUCUUAUCAGCAGGCUCGUAGCAGCACCACGUCACAGUUGGGCUUCCAGAAGUAUAUAGACCGUUUGAAUGACAUGAUAGCCGCUCCCCCUCCGACUCCGCCUCUGCUGGUAUCUGGUGGUCCGGGAUCAGGAAAGUCUCUCUUACUCUCUAAAUGGAUCGAGCUGCAGCAGAAGCAAUCCCCCAACACCCUGUUCCUUUAUCACUUUGUUGGUCGCCCACUUUCCACAAGCUCGGAGCCAGUUCUCAUCAUCAAACGCCUCACAGUCAAACUGCUGCAGCACUUCUGGUCCAUCUCUGGCUUAUCGAUGGAGCCCAGCAAGAUCUUGGAGGAGUUUCCCCGCUGGCUCGAACGUCUAUCAGCACGCCAUCAAGGAAACAUCAUCAUCAUCAUUGACUCAAUUGAUCAAAUACAGCAAGCAGAAAGACACAUGAAGUGGCUGAUUGACCCUCUCCCUGUCAAUGUCCGAGUGGUGGUGUCUGUAAAUGUAGAGACGUGUCCUCAAGCUUGGAGGUUGUGGCCCACACUCCACUUAGACCCGCUUAGUCCCAGAGAGGUCAGGAGCGUCGUCAAUGCAGAGUGUCAAAGCAUGGAUCUCAAACUCACCAAGGACCAGGAGAAGAAGCUGGAAAGACACUGUCGCUCUGCAUCAACCUGUAACGCAUUAUAUGUCACGCUGCUGGCAAGGAUGAUCACCAGUAAAUCGUGCUGGUCACUGGAGAAGAGCCUGGAGCAGUGUCUUCAGUGUCAGGACACCAUGUCCCUGUACCGCCUUUCACUCAAGAUGACUCUGAACUCCCUCAGCACAGACAGAGAGCGACACAUCAUGAGAGAGAUCCUGUGCCUUGUGUGUGCCAGCCACAAUGGCGUGAGUGAAUCAGAGAUAAUAGAUCUUUUCCCAGAGGUAGAGUUGCCUGUUCUCUCUUCUCUGCUCUACCGUCUGAACACACUCUGCAUUGUGACCCUGCGUUGUGGACUCAUCAGGUUUCAACACCUGCAGGCUUGGGAAUCUGUGAGGCUUGAGUUCUUGGGUGGAGGAACCAGUUCAGCAUCUUACAGAGAAAAACUAAUCCAUUAUUUCAAUCAGCAACUCAGCCAGGACCGUGUGACGUGGCGUGUUGCAGAUGAGCUUCCAUGGCUGCUCCAACAGCAGGAAGACAGGACCAAACUUCAGCUCAGCCUCUUGAACCUAUUCGUCUCCCAAAACCUCUACAAGAGGGGUCAUUUCUCUGAGCUGCUAGCAUAUUGGCAGUACGUGGGCAAAGACAAAAGCUCCAUGGCCACUGAGUAUUUUGACUCUCUGAAACACUAUGAGAAGAGCUGUGAGAGUGAAGACAGCAUGACCAAGCUCGCAAACCUGUAUGAGACCCUGGGACGUUUCCUCAAAGACCUGGGCCUCCCCAGUCAGGCCGUGGCCCCUUUACAAAGGUCUCUGGAGAUCAGAGAGACAGCCCUGGACCCCGACCAUCCCAGCGUCGCUCGCUCCCUGCACCAGCUGGCUGGAGUUUAUGUCCAGUGGAAGAAGUAUGGUAAUGCUGAGCAGCUGUACAAGCAAGCACUUGAGAUAAGUGAGAAUGCCUACGGCGCGGAGCAUGCCAGCGUGGCACGAGAACUGGAGUCGCUCGCUAUGCUCUAUCAGAAACAAAACAAAUAUGAACAAGCUGAGAAACUCAGGAAGAGGUCUGUGAAGAUCCGUCAGAAGACUGCCCGCCAGAAAGGUCAUAUGUAUGGCUUCACUUUGUUGAGGCGCAGAGCCCUACAGCUGGAAGAGCUGACCUUGGGAAAAGACUCCGCAGACUGUGCCAAGACACUUAAUGAACUAGGCGUCCUGUACUACCUCCAAAACAACCUGGACGCAGCCAAGGUGUUCUUGACCCGCUCUCUGGAAAUGCGUCAGCGCGUCCUCGGUCCGGAUCACCCAGACUGCGCUCAGUCCCUCAACAACCUGGCUGCGCUGCACACGGAGAGGAGGGAGUACGAGACGGCCGAGGACAUGUACGAGAGGGCGCUGGACAUCCGCAAGAAGGCCUUGUCACCAGACCACCCCUCUCUGGCCUACACACUCAAACACCUGGCCAUGCUCUAUAAACGCAGGGGGAAGCUGGAGAAAGCGGUUCCACUUUACGAGCUGUCUCUGGAGAUUAGGGAAAAAAGUUUUGGACCCAAACACCCCAGUGUGGCCACAGCCCUGGUGAACCUGGCUGUAAUCUACUGCCAGCUGAAGAAGCACGGUGAUGCUUUACCCCUGUAUGAACGAGCGCUGAAAGUGUAUGAGGAUAGUUUGGGGCGCUCACAUCCACGAGUCGGAGAGACCCUAAAAAACCUGGCUGUGCUGAGCUAUGAAGAGGGUGACUUUGAAAAGGCGGCGGAACUCUACAAGCGAGCGAUGGAGAUCAAAGAGGCAGAGCCGUCGCUGGUGUGCGGUAACGCCCCAUCCCGCCACUCCUCCAGCGGAGACACGUUCAGCCUGAGGGGACCCGCUCCUCUCCCACAUGCCCCGAGUGCUGGCCAGUCGAACCCGACCUUCCUAAUCCAGACACCUUCCCACAGCUAUGUGCUCAGGAAGAGACCCCCAGGUGAGCUGCUGCCAGGGGCUCACAAGGUGGACAGGGAGUAUCGGGUGCAGAAGGCCUUAUUCUCUGCUGGCUUCCCCGUGCCUCAGCCCCUCUUACACUGCACCGAUGUGGAAGUCAUUGGAACUGAGUUCUACUUGAUGGAACAUGUGAAGGGUCGUAUAUUCAGGGAUCUCCGUCUCCCAGGAGCGAGUCCUGUCGAGAGGACGGCUUUAUAUGUGGCUGCAGUGGAAGUGUUGGCAAAGCUCCACUCUCUGGACGUGGCAUCACUGAACCUCGAAGGAUAUGGGAGGGGACGGGACUAUUGCAAGAGACAAGUGUCCACCUGGACAAAGCAGUACAUUGCAGCGGCCCACAGAGACAUUCCAGCCAUGAAUGAACUGUCUGAUUGGCUGGUGAAGAAUUUGCCAGCCGGUGACAACGAAGUCACACUUGUCCACGGAGAUUUCAGAUUGGACAACUUGAUAUUCCAUCCGACAGAGGCACGUGUUAUAGCAGUGUUGGACUGGGAGCUGUCCACCACUGGGCAGCCUUUGGCAGACCUGGCCUACUUCCUCAUGCCCCACUUCUGGCCUUCAGGUCUGGAUGUCAUCAGCACAAUGGGCAGUUUGAAAGGAAUAGAAGGUAUUCCAGCUGUGGGCGACCUGACUUCCAUUUACUGCAGGUGCCGGGGGAUCCCAUCCGAGCUGCCACCGUUGAAUUUCUACCUGGCCCUGUCUGUCUUCAAAAUGGCAGGAAUUGCCCAGGGAAUCUAUGCUCGCCACCUACUGGGUAAUGCCAGCGCACCCAAUGCAGCUCAGUUCAGCCAGUGUGUGGAGCCCUUGGCUAAGAUUGCCUUGCAGCUUGCACAGAGGCCUCUCACAGGUCCAGUAAAGGACGGACUGUUUCACCAGACGGCUAAAGGGCAGAUUGUUCUCCAGCAGGUCAAAGGCUUCAUGAGACAAUACGUGCUUCCCGCUCAGGAGAAAGUUGCAGAGUACUACUCCAAACACGCCCAGUCUUCACAGCGGUGGCACACUCCCCAAAUAAUAGAGGAUCUGAAGGUGAAAGCCAGGGAAGCAGGACUGUGGAACCUGUUCCUGCCUGCAGUCAGUGGACUCAGUCAGCUGGAUUACGCAUAUAUCGCAGAGGAAACUGGACGCUGCCUCUUUGCCCCCGAAGUCUUUAACUGCCAGGCUCCCGACACUGGAAAUAUGGAGGUUCUCCAUAUGUUUGGCAGCGAGGAGCAGAAAAGGAAAUGGUUGGAGCCUCUGCUCAGAGGAGAGAUCCGCUCCUGCUUCUGCAUGACAGAGCCUGAUGUGGCCUCCAGCGACGCAACCAACAUGGAGUGCACACUUCGCAGGGAUGGGGACCACUACAUCGUACACGGGAAAAAGUGGUGGAGCAGCGGUGCUGGCAAUCCCCAGUGCAAAGUGGCCAUUGUGAUGUGUAAGAGCGGUUCUCCGGAUGUCGGCGGCAGGCACAGCCAGCACAGCAUGAUCCUCGUACCCAUGAACACUAGAGGCGUGAAGCUGGUCAGGCCGCUCACCGUGUUUGGUCAGGAUGACGCUAUCCACGGCGGACACUUCGAAGUGCACUUUGAAAACGUGCGCGUCCCCGCGUCCAACAUCAUUCUGGGGGAGGGCAGGGGGUUCGAGAUCGCCCAGGGUCGUCUGGGUCCGGGCAGGCUGCACCACUGCAUGAGAGCUGUCGGCCUCGCAGAGAUGGCGCUGGAGCUUCUCUGCCAGAGGGCCGCGUCCAGGCAGACAUUUGGGAAAAAACUGUAUCAACAUGAGGUUGUUGCUCACUGGAUAGCGGAGUGUCGUCUCAUGAUAGAGCAGACGCGCCUCCUGACUCUUCAGGCUGCUCACGCUCUGGAUACGCAGGGUAACCGUGCUGCUCGCAAGCAGGUUGCUAUGAUCAAAGUAGCAGCAGCCAGAAUGGUGUGUAAGGUGGUGGACUACGCCAUCCAGGUAUAUGGAGGAGCAGGUGUGUCUGGAGACUUCCCACUCGCACAAAUGUACUCGUACGCGCGGACUCUCCGCAUCGCUGACGGGCCAGACGAGGUGCAUCUUUCCUCCAUAGCUCUUCUAGAACUGAGGGAUCAACUAAAGAAGGCUCAGGCUAAAAUGUAAAGUCAUGACACGUGUCCCCAGCAGCUUCACUAAAGCCACCACACUGCCUUGUUCAGACGACGAGAAUCUGUCUUUACAAAAACGCUGAUUAAUAAUGUGAUCUGAAAAUUAAUAGUAGGAAACGUCCUUACUAAGUAACUGCACUACAUGUAAAUAAU